CGUUUGGACAAAAACCGGUCAAAUUUCAGCUCGAGGAAGAUGGGGAGUAUUAUAUGAUUGGAUCGGAGGUGGGAAAUUACCUACGAAUGUUUAGAGGUUCACUGUACAAAAGAUACCCGUCAUUAUGGAGAAAACUGGCAACGGUAGAUGAACGCAAGAAAAUAGUGGAAUCGUCACACGACCACGAUUACACUCAACUGGCCACCAGUGUGACGCUGCUGAAGGCCUCCGAGGUUGAAGAGAUCUUGGAAGGAAACGAUGAGAAGUACAAAGCUGUCUCCAUCAGCACAGAGCCCCCCGCCUACCUCAGGGAGCAGAAAGCAAAGAGGAACAGUCAGUGGGUUCCCACGCUGCCCAACAGCUCUCAUCAUCUAGACGCAGUUCCUUGCUCCACCACCAUCAACCGCAGUCGACUAGGUCGCGAUAAGAAGAGGACUUUCCCCUUGUGCUUUGAUGACCACGAUCCAGCAGUUAUCCAUGAAAACGCCAUUCAGACUGAAGUUCUGGUUCCAAUCCGGCUAGACAUGGAAAUCGAGGGACAGAAGCUUAGGGAUGCUUUUACCUGGAAUAUGAAUGAAAAGCUCAUGACCCCUGAGAUGUUUGCUGAAAUCCUUUGUGAUGACCUGGACCUCAAUCCUCUGACCUUCGUCCCUGCCAUUGCCUCUGCCAUUCGGCAGCAGAUUGAGUCGUACCCGACAGACAGUCUCCUAGAAGAGCAGACAGACCAGAGGGUGAUCAUCAAGCUCAAUAUCCACGUUGGUAACAUUUCCUUGGUGGACCAGUUUGAGUGGGACAUGUCUGAGAGGGAGAACUCUCCAGAGAAGUUUGCCCUGAAGCUUUGCUCUGAACUGGGUCUGGGAGGAGAAUUUGUCACCACCAUUGCCUAUAGCAUCCGAGGUCAGCUGAGCUGGCACCAGAGGACGUAUGCUUUCAGUGAGAAUCCUCUGCCAACAGUGGAGAUCGCCAUCAGAAACACAGGGGAUGCUGACCAGUGGUGCCCCCUGCUGGAGACCCUGACAGAUGCAGAAAUGGAGAAGAAGAUCAGAGACCAGGACAGAAACACAAGGCGAAUGAGACGAUUGGCUAACACAGCACCAGCAUGGUAGGAGUUGCAGACCAAUGGCUCCCCCACAGGAAUAUGUCCGCUUGCUGAUCUCUUCUUUGACAUCAACAGCAGAGAUUCCUCGCUUUGUACUGGAAGUCUUCUCUGCUCACCUGGGAUCUUAAUCAGCUUUUGCUGUAUUAUCUUUAAUUAUUGUUGAACUCUUGUUUGUCAAAGGCUCUGUUAGAAAACCUCCACCCCCAGAGUGGAAAAGUAAAUUUCUUUGACCUCUAACUCUUUCUGACCAUAGAGGGUGAAAAUGCCAUUCUCUGAUAAUAUAUUAUGUUGUAUUUGUUGUCUUUUUGUACAUUUUAAUAAUUCUUAGAAAAUAAAAAAUAUGAAGCUAUUA